AUGGCAGGAGAUGGCGCAGCUCACCUGGACGAGAAGAAGUUCCUGCUGGCGGUGGAGCGCGGCGAUGUGGCGUCCACGCGCCGUUCGCCCCGAUGGACUCCUUCCGCCCACUUCUUCCCGCGCACGGAAUUCGCCGCGCGCUGCGAAGAACGUCGCGUGGAGGCACGCGCCGCGCACGCGAAGGACGCGGAGCACGCGUGCGGGGGAGGCACGCGCGCGCGCGCACGUGCUGCCGUCACCCGAUCUUCGCUCACCCCGUCCUCCCUUCGUUUCAGCAGCGCGCGCCUCCAAGCCCUCCCGACGCUGCGAGGCCGGGGCUCGCGGUUCGGCUCAUUCAAGCCCAGUGGUCUUAUUCUUAAUUUGGUCAGGUCCAACACCCAGCCAUCCAUCCAUCCAGAGUUAUUUGGGCGCCUGAUCACUGACGACACAUCACGGGGCUUCCACAAGACUCCAGAUCAUCCACAUUCUCCGACUGUGGCUCCUAGUGACUAUGCCCCAUUCAACACAACGAAACCGGGUAUGCGUGGUAAAAAGUAA